AUGUCCGCUUCCCAUCUAGGACCAUCUACCGCAUCUUCCGGUCCGUUGGGUGACAAGCUCAUUCGUCUUGUGGCUGUGGGGCUCAAGGAGGCCUCUACGGAUUCUCCUUCAUUCCGAGCAUCCAUGAAGUAUAUCGAAACUGCCGUUGCCGAGAUGGUUCAUUCUUUACGGCAGAUCCUUGCGUUUUUUCAGCGUUACUCCGGCAUAUCCGCAGAUUUGGACGAUCUACAGGACGAGUUCAACUUGGUUUUUGGUCCAAUUGGUACUGCUGAAGCGUCCAAUGAGCUUCUAAAUAAGGAUAUCGCUGCUCCCUGCUUGGAGCAAACUAUAGGUGGAACCAAUUCCAUCUUCAGAAUAAUGAAAUCUCUAAUGUGGUUUGAAUCUCCCAUCUUCGACGAGAUUCAGAAGUUUCUAGACAACGAUAUUGCCAACUAUUGGACCCUUCAACGCCAAUUCCAAUCUAUUCAGUCCAAGUAUGAUGGACUUUGGGUCAAGUACAUGUCUUUACCGAAGUCUCAUGACCCUGCUGAGACAAGGGAAGAUGCAGUGCAACUCUUUGAAAUUCGUAAGCAGUAUGUGCAUCUUGCUCUUUCACUCUGGAUCUUCGUAAAGCAGCUAGAUUACCGGAUAUCGCUCUUGUUUGUCAAUAUAUGCAAUUCUCUAUGGCCAUCUGCACCGAAAUUCUCUCUUCUGGCUCCUACUUUGGGUCUUUCUCCCGUUUACAAGUCCAUCAUGUCUUUGAAGGCAUCUCUUUUUUUGCAGCUUGCCUCCUAUAAAACUUUAAUGGGCAAUCUUACUACUGUUCGAGAGUCUUCGGAACGUGGAAUCGUCGAUCUAUUCUCUCCCUCUUCAGAAAUGACUGAUUACGAUCCUGCUCAUAUCAAUGACGGUAACCUGUAUUUAAAAGGAGAUGCAGCAGAGCAGCAAUUCGAGAAACAUGGAUGGGUCUUCCUCAAGUCUCGUCUUAUUGGAACCGGUGAGCUUGUGUGGAUCAGAAGGUGGCUUUUCGUUAAAGCCGAUGUAUACGGCUUUCUUUCUAUUAGCAAUAAUGGUCAGUACGUUGAAGAGUCAGAUAAGUUUGGUAUCUUGCUAGCCAAUGUGACAUAUCUUCCUGAAGAAAAUCGGAAGUUCUGCUUUCAGAUCAGAACUCUACAGGCUUCACUUGUAUUACAGGUAGAGACUCUUGGAGAUUUGAGAAGUUGGCUUACAGUGUUUCGUACUGUUAAGUUUCAUGCCAUGAAGGAGGAUAUGGGUUUUGCUACUUCAAGAUAUCAGCCCUUGGUUGAUUUGCUUAGAUUGGUACCAGUAGUCGAAGCGGAUUACAGUCUCGUAGCUUCUACACAGCAGGAGGAUAAGAUCCGAAAACUUGUAAACGGCCAGUUAAUGCAUAUACAUCCUGUAUUGGACAUCAAUCCUCCUAUGACCACCCAAAUGACCUCUUUGGCCGUGCUUUCGCAUCUCUAUCUUUCGUCUGCACCGAUUCCUGGUGCAUCUACUGGUAACUUCUGGGGCUUUGUUAACUGGGGGUUAUAUUAUGUGGUGAAUCGGGACUCCAAAGCCUUUUUAGCCAAAAUGAUCAAAGCUCGUCGUCCUAAGCCUUCUCUGAUAGUCAGAUAUUCUGAAAGUUAUCCUCACGAUCUUAAAAUGGCCGAUGUGGAACUAAGAUCGAUCUUUGAAGGCUUCAUUGGUCCUAAGGAGCUUGUUCUUAUUAGAUUCAAGGCUUCGUGGUCGCCCAAUUCUUCCCAAGAGCUAUUCUGCAAGAUAUACGUGACAGAGAAUGCUUUCUACAUAUACACGAAUAACUGUGGUCUCAUUUCUGUGUCUCCCUUACCUCUUACAGACUUUCUUUAUGGAGAAGUGGUACCUAAGACUCAUUGUGACGUGAUUAAAGUAUAUUUAGUGAGCGGACUUUCCAUCAAGAUGAAAGUAUUCAUUGGUUCUGCCUAUGUGAUUUGCGACCAGAUUAAUUUGCUUCUUAGGAGUGGAAGAUCUUCGAAGCCCAGGAGCAUGGAAGAUUUAAUCUCGAACUUUAAAAAAUUGGAAAAGCAGGCUCAAAAGACAGAAACAGAGGCCAUUGGUGUUACACCCGUUGUAAAGUCCGCUGUUGUUGAAGCUACCCCCAGCAAUUCUGUGAUUACGGUUCCUGAAGAAGUGUUUGGGAAAGGCUCAGAAGGAGGAGGAUUGAUGAAGUUUAGAAAUGGGUCUUUGCCGGUAAUGCUUUGCGAAAAGUCGUACAACCUGCCAGCAAAGGCCUUGUUUCAUAUUCUCCUUGGAGAUGAGUCAUUUAUGUUGCAGUGUAUGCAACCCGAGACACCGAGUGCGAUCUCGGAUAAAGGUGUAGGUCAUACACCGUGGAGAUGUAAUGAGAAGCAGGUUCUGAGUAGAAUUGUAUGGGAUGCUAGUAACAAAAACGUGGGUACGCUCCAACAGAUUGAUAAAAUGGUGAACAACAAGUAUUACUCGUUUACGCAAACCAGUCCUAAGCUUCGGAUUCUAUUUGGCGUUCUGCGAAGAGUGCAACUUCGAUUUGUCAUCUCCAAUUUGAGUUAUCAUACCUGUGGUCUUGUAAUCUACUAUCAUUUGGAAAAGAAGGACCAUAGAGUUGCCUAUUUUGUUCAGAAAAUGCUUAGUAAGAUCCUACGUUACCGUGUAGAAGAGUUAGACAUUCGAAUUAGGGGUACACAAAAGCUUAUAUCUAAGGAAUCACGGAAGAUUGCGUCUUCAAUCAAACUGUUUGGCCUUAUAACCAAGUUUGAUAGCAAUGAGCCGAUGUCAGAAGAGUUGACAUUCGAAAGUCAAGUGAAGUAUGUGAGUGCGCAGCAACUCAUUGUGUGUUAUAUUGAGAGGUUGAAUUUUGUGGCUGGUAGAAUCAUGAAGGUUGUAUUUGAGUGGAUGCUACUUGUGGGAACGUAUCUUAUGGAGAUUUUCAAAGGCAAUUUGCCUUGGAUUGGUCUUUUAGUAUUGUCGUCGAUUGUCAAUUUGGUGUUAGUUGGCAGAACGAGCUAUUCGUACUGGGAGCAGCGAUCGAUUGAGCAGUACGCUAACGAGCUCAGUGAACGUCCGUCUUAUAUGCAAAGGCAGAUUUCCAUAAGUGAGAUGAAUGAGAUUUUACAGCCAAGAACGUCGCAGGUUUCAUACAACUCGAGUCGUUCGCUCUGUUUCCAGGAGUUUUCGAAAGUGGCAUCAUUGAUGAUGAUAGGAAAGGCAAAGGAAGACAGCUGGGGAUCUUCUAUGACAGAUAGCCUUAUUGGGCUGAGGUUGAAAAGAAACGAGUUGUUGGCGCAGAUGAAUAUUCUCAACAGCGUAGAACGUAGUUAUAUCUACAAGGAGUGGCAGAACUGGGUUCUUAAAGAGCACAAGAACUGUGAGCUGGUGCGUAAGAAGUUCUCUGACAAAUACGAUACGGAAGUAGAGGAAUAUUGCGACUCGGUGAGUCAUGAGAUGGAGUAUCUCUACCAGGUAUUAAUGUGA